AUGGACACUGUCCUCCUUCGGAUUCUCAACUCUGCCCACCUCAAAACUCACAAAUACUUUCGCGUCUCAGUGCCUCAGGCUAUUACUGGCCAAGUUUUGGUUCAACAUAUACACAAUGCUUUCUAUGCUUCUUCCUCGCCUUCAUCUUCCAAUCAGCCCCCUUCGUCAGUAAUGACGGCUGAGGAUGUUGGGGAAGCUGUCCAUUUUGCUACAAUGCUCUUGCAGUAUGGCUACAUCUUUCCGGUUAUUGAUGUGCAUGCGCAGAGUGUUAAGGAAGAUGGAACUCUAUAUAGGAUACAACUUCCGUAUUUUUGGCCAUCACAUGCUCAACAAGCUGAUAAUGUUGAAUAUGCCAUAUAUCUUUCUAAACGUCUUUUACGCAAUGAACUGAAACAUGGACUGGACGAGGAAGAAGCUGAUGCCUACAAUAGGUCUUUCGAACUUUUAAGCCAUAUGUGGACUUUCAUCUCUGCCCAAGCAGAACUUCAACUUAAAGCGUUAAAAGAACGCAAAAAGGCUGAAAAAGUUGUUUUUGACACGGAAGAAAGAGCUUUUUGGAGGACGAGAAGGCCAGGUCAUUCAAAUAUAGUCUUUGAAGAAGGUUUACAAAAGCUUGACCGCAAAAUUCGGAGGCCUACUAUUAGCCAUCUUCACACAACAAUUGAACGUCUACGAUUAGCUCUAAAAACUAAGCCGUGGUUAAAAAUGCUGAAAGCUAGUGAAAUAAUGACUAAUUGGACGGAACAAUUUGCAGAAUAUGACCCAUUUCUUUCAUCACCAUUGCCUUCGAAUCCUUGGAUUUCUGAUGACUCAACACUUUGGGUUUUAAAUGCUGACAAUGUUGAAGUGCCUACGGAAAGACGUGUUAAGCGUUGGGGAUUAAGUGUUAUUGAGUUGGUUAGAGAUCCUAUUGGAAGACAGGUGCUAGAAUCAUUUCUCGAUUCCGAAUUUUCUUCCGAAAAUCUUCGUUUUUGGAUGUCUAUUCAAGAUUUGAAAUAUUCGGCAAAUUCACAAAUAGAAACUAAAGCUCAAUUAAUUUUGGAUGAAUAUUUGGCUGCUGGUUCUCCUUGUCAGGUUAAUGUUGAUUCUCGUACUCUCGAUGAAACGCUUAAAUGUAUAAAUGAAUCUCAUACUUCUAGACGUUUUGCCUUUUCUUUAGCUGAAGAACACGUUUUUACUUUAAUGAGUAAAGAUUCAUAUCCACGUUUUCUUCGGUCGCCUAUUUAUAAGGGUGUAUUAGAUGCUGCAAAAGCUAAAGGCAAAAAACGCAUUUUUGAUGUCAUAAAAGAAUUGAGCAACGUUAGUGUCAGCACCAAACGUACACCAAUUCAAAAACAUCAUAAAAUGAGUAGAAGUAGUGCUUGUGUAGAUGUAAUAGAAGGAGGAACAACAUCAUCUUUAACAACACAAUCACAUCAAACAUUAAAUACUGGAACAACAAUAUCACCACCACCAGGCGGUGGAGGAGGUGGAUUAACUACUUCAACAACAAUAUCAAAACAAAUAAGCUCAGAUUCUCUUCCAUUAAUUGCUGGAGGAAGUAGUAGAUCACCAGUCUCUUCUUCCUUAAAUUUAUCUCCUCCAAUGUUAGCUGGUGGGGGUACAACUUCAUCUACUACAACUAAUACAAGUGAUACUUCUGGAACUUCUAAUAAGGAAGGAAAGUAAAAUUUGUUUGUGAAUUGGUAUAUUUUUUUGAAUAAUUUUUUUAAUUUUUUAAACUUAAAAAAAUAAGCCAGUUCUCUUUUAAAUAAUUUUUUUAUUUUUAAAUAAUUCAUAGAAUCUCUAUUUUUAUUCCUCCUUUCUUUCCGUUCAUAGUUUCCGUUUCAUAGAGUUUCUAAAGUUUGAGAAGCUGGUAUGUUCUUUUCUGGGUCCACCGUUUUCUGGCAAACAAAAUAGGAGAACCGAACCAAGAAUUUUCGGAUAUCGGGAACCGGCAAUAUUACCUGCGACUUUAAAAACUAACCAAAAUUCAAGCAUACUAUAAGCCAAGGGCGUAGCCAGGGUGUCGAUUUUAGG